GCCUUUGUUAUUUAAACGUGCAGCCUGCUGACGCGGACUUGUGAGACCGUAAACGCCGCCGUUAGACUCUGUGAGAAGCGCCGAGGAACCGCCUUCAGACGUCAGUCAUGGUGCUGCUGAGUUCACUGCUGCCCCUCUGUGUCCUGGCUGCCGUCGCCUUUGCCGUCCCUGCUCAGGAGAAACGCGUCCAUCACCAGGCUGAUCUGAGUGACCACGCUCAUGACGAUUCACACAACUACCAGUAUGACCAUGAGGCCUUCCUGGGCAAGGAGGAAGCUAAGACCUUUGACCAGCUGAGCCCGGAAGAGAGCAAAGAGAGAUUAGCAAAGAUCGUGGACCGCAUCGACACCGACAAGGACGGCUACAUCGGCCAUGCAGAGCUGCACCACUGGAUCAGACACAGGCAGAGGAGGUACAUCGAGGAGAACGUCAACAAGCACUGGAAGGACUACGACAAGAACCAAGAUGACAAAAUAAGCUGGGAGGAGUAUAAAAACACCACCUACGGCUUCUACCUGGGUGAGGAGUUUGAUGAUGUGGAAGACAAGAACACCUAUAAGGCUAUGCUGGCGCGGGAUGAGAGACGCUUUAAAACGGCGGACCGAGACGGGGACGGUAUCGCGACGCGUGAGGAGUUCACCGCCUUCCUUCAUCCGGAGGAGUUUGAUUACAUGAAGGACGUGGUCGUCCAGGAAACGGUGGAAGACAUUGAUAAGGACAAAGAUGGAAAGAUUAACCUAGAAGAAUACAUCGGUGACAUGUUCACACCUGAGGAUGGGGAAAGCGAGCCAGAUUGGGUCCAGACUGAGAAGAAACAAUUUUCAGAGUUCAGAGAUGUUAACAAGAACGGCUUCCUGGAUCCUGAAGAAGUGGCCCAGUGGAUUUUACCUGGAGAUGUGGAUCAUGCCGAUAACGAGGCCAAGCACCUGAUCCAUGAGACGGACACCGAUAAGGAUGGCCGCCUCACACUCUCCGAAGUUCUCAACAAGAUGGACUACAUCAAGAUCAGCACCAUCACAGACUAUGGAGGGAUGAGGGUGGAUGAACAUGACGAGCUGUGACCAGCUAACACUCUAGGUCACCCGACCAACUGGCAGCAUGUCAUUUAAAAGACUCGGCGUUAUUUAGGUGGUGAUGGUCGCAGCUGAAAAGAGACAAGCGACACACGCUGCAGCUGUUAAAGCGACGCAACACAACAGGUUUCCAUGCUGCUACGUAAGCAGCCACUCAGAGCUCCACUUACAUGUAUUCCAUGAAAAUCUAAUGUUUACAUUUACCCUCCAGAAUGCUACACCCGGACAGACUGUAAGCUUCACAUAAAACAAUAAACUCUAAACAACAACAAAAAUCCCACUGAACUCCAAAAAGGUUGUGCUCUGUAUGAUUUGGUAAACGUCAGACCCUCGCAGCGUCCUCAUCCAUCUCACGCUUGCAUCACUGGACGCGCCUCUUUGGCUCGGAGGUCGACUCCAGAGGCAGCAAAGCCGGUUCCACCCUGUCGGAACACAAUGCAUCAUCAAGAAACCAAAACCAUACUAAUAAAUAUGAUUAAUAAA